AGUAGUCAGAAGGAUCUAAAAUUUAUCGAAUCAAUUUCUUGAGGCAUCUCAACCAAAACUGCAUACACUUCACAUUUAAGAUCAUCGCAAACAGUUGUCAACACUAUAAAUAGGUCGAGGAAUUCUGUGUCGUUCAUGUAUAACAUAAAAUUUUAUCAUUGUAAAACACUCAGUAAUACUUGCAAUACAGAAUGUCUAAGUCAUUCAUCGUAAACGCAUGCGCAACUAUCUUCUUUGUUCUUCUCAUUCAGUCUGCUUUUGCUCAAGGUAACAGACUCUUAAGAAAGAAAUUACCAUGCCAAACAUUUACACUAUACCUCCACGAGACCAUUUUUAAUGGUACGAAUGCAGCUAAUGCAACAUCAACUGCAGUAACUAAUGCUACGGGUAUAAGCAAUUUUCAGUUUGGUUUAGUCGUAGUGUUUGAUAAUCCGUUAACCCUGGAUCGACAUAUAUCGUCUAGCCCAGCGGCUAGAGCUCAAGGUUUUUACUUCUAUAACAUGAAAACUAGAUACAAUGCUUGGUUUGCAUUUUCGAUAGUAUUCAAUUCUACCGAUUAUAAGGGAACUUUGGAGCUUAUGGGUGCGGAUUUGAUGGAUCAAGAGACGAGAGAUAUUUCUGUUGUCGGUGGCACUGGUGAUUUUCUUAUGGCAAGAGGGAUUGCAACUUUGAAAACAGAUGCCGUCGAAGGAUUUGCGUAUUUUCGUCUCCAAAUGGACAUCAAACUUUACGAUUGUUACUAUUAAUAUCGAUCGAUCUACAUAUAGUUUCUUCUGAUUUUCGUUUUGCAUGAUUACUACUGGUUUGUCUUAAUGUAAUUUCUUUUGAGCAUGAUGUUGACCAAGUGUUUUUUCUUAAUGUAAUAAGUGUUGA